GCUGGCCAAACAUAUCCUUGGGUUCCAUAAACUUUCUUGUAUCAUUAUAAAUCCUUUGUUUUCCUCUUGUUUUUCUGUGUUUCUUUCUAAGCAGCUUUUCAAGUCUUAGUUUUUCAAGCUUGGGGAUAUGUCAAGCUCUCAGUGCUUUUCAAACCCACCAAGCCUGAGCUCAACAUGUGGAGCCGGACAUGUUGAACAAGUUGGAGGCCUUAAUACAUAUGUGACUGGCCCUCUCGAUUCCAAUUCCAACCGUGCAAUCCUUCUCAUCUCUGAUGUCUUUGGGUAUGAAGCUCCCAAUUUAAGGCAACUCGCAGAUAAAGUUGCAGCAGCGGGAUUUUUGGUUGUGGUUCCUGAUUUUCUCUAUGGUGACCCUUUUGAUCUGGACAACCCUAACAUUGAUCGAGAAUCAUGGCUAAAAGCUCAUACCACGGAUAAAGGAUAUGAAGAUGCUAAAGUAGUGAUUGCAGUUCUAAAGAGCAAAGGUGUUUCAGCCAUAGGAGCUGCAGGUUUUUGCUGGGGAGGGGUGGUUGUGACAAAAUUAGCAAAUUCUACUUACAUCCAGGCUGCAGUUGUCUUGCAUCCUGGUCCGCUGACAGAUGAAGAUAUAAAUGAGGUGAAGGUUCCCAUUGCUAUUUUGGGAGCUGAGAUUGAUAAAUAUACAACCCCAGAACAAGUGAAGCAUUUUGGUGAGAUUUUAUCUGCCAAAUCUGAGUUUGAUAGUUUUGUGAAGAUAUUCCCUGGUGUGGCUCAUGGAUGGACAGUAAGAUACAGUGUUGAAGAUGAAUCAGCUGUGAAGAGUGCUGAAGAGGCUCAUUUGGACAUGUUAAAUUGGUUUACCAAAUAUGUAAACUAAAGCACUCUCUAUUUGUUACAUAAAAUCAUAGCUCAAAUGGUAUUUGAAGGUGUGGAAGAAUGACUCUGUAAUCUAUAUAAUAGGCCCUUGCUUUGUAUAAUUUGCUUUAGCUCAAAUGGUAUUUGAAGUUGUGGAAAAAUGUCUCUGUAGUCUAUGUUAGGCCCUUGAAUAUGUAUAGUUUGCUUUGAAAGCAGAGUUUUUGUAUACCAUCUAUGUAAUAAUUAUUGGCCACUUGACAUUUGAGCCAUCAUCAUUAUUUGAAAAUUUUCUAUAGUAAUCGGCAAUACGCCACCAUAUUCUAUUAAA